UUCCUCCCUCGCCUCCUUCAAGUCUGUAAAGUUGGUUUUAACACGCUUAUCAGGUGUUCACUGCUUCUUAAAGAAAAUGCCCUAUUGACAGGUGACUUUUGCUAUUGAUAGAGCUCAGCAUGGCUGUGGUCAUCCGCUUGCAGGGGCUCCCAGUUUCUGCAGGGACCUUGGAUAUUCGUCACUUCUUCUCUAGAUUAACCGUUCCUGAUGGAGGGGUACACAUUAUUGGUGGUGAAGUUGGAGAGGCAUUCAUUGUAUUUGCCACAGAUGAAGAUGCACGACUUGCUUUGAUGAGGUCUGGGGAAACUCUUAAAGGGAACAGAACAAAACUAACAUUAAGUAGCAGGAGUGAAAUGCAGAAUACAAUUGAAAUGAGUCGUAAGCGAUACACACAUUCUAGUGAAGAAAUGCGCAGUGCUAGAAGGUCAGGAUCCAGCAGUUCUGGUACAGAUCGGUUAAGUAGCAUGCCUCCUGCCUUAGCUGCAAAUUUAGUUGCAGCAAUGCAACAUGGAAUGAAUAGGGUGGGGUUUAAUUCCAGUAAUGUUGGAGGUUCCUGCAUAAACUACAGUUCUCGAAUGGAUCCUAUGAUGAGUGGUAAUAUGUCUGCAAUGUCCUCUUUAUCUUCCUCACAUAAUGUUCCAGUUUCCUCCAUGACCACAUACUCUGAAAUGUCUUCUAGAUCAAUGAAUAAUAGCUUGAAUAAAUUUAAUGGCUCUGGGUCAAUGGGUCCCUCUACCAAUUCCAUUCAUGGUCAGACAGGUGAACAAGGACCCGAUGACAUUUAUUUGCGUUUAUAUGGCAUGCCAUAUUCAGCAAAAGAAUUGCAAAUAAGAGAAUUUUUCCACAAUCUGCAAGUUGAAGGAAUUCGGCAAAUGAAGGACUAUCGAGGUCGGAAAACUGGAGAAGCUUAUGUCCGAUUUGCAACUUCUUGGGAUGCAUCUGAAGGACUAAAAUGUCACAGAAAAUACAUGGGGCAGAGAUUUGUGGAAGUUUAUCCAGCUACAGAAGAGCAAUGGAAUUGUGCACGAGUUAGCCUGGAUGUGGAGGAUAGAAAUUCAGAUGUGAUUCGAGGAAAUCGAGGCUAUUCCCCUCAUGAACUAAAGUAUUCUCAUACUCUAUCAAGAUCACCUCGGAGAUGCAGAUCACGAACUCGUUCCCCUCAUGAUGCAGAAUAUUGCGUACAGCUGAAAAAUAUUCCUUAUGGUGCUGAAAAGAAAGAUGUGCGUCAUUUCUUUCAUGAGCUGGAUAUAUCAGAAGACCAAAUUUAUCUUGUACAUGAUUCCUAUGGUAAAAGUACAAAAGAAGGUUUUGUUGUGUUUAAAAACUCCUCUGACUACCGUAGAGCUCUAAAAUAUCACAAAGAAUGCAUUGGGAACCGUGCGAUUUAUGUUUACCCCAUUGCCAGAAGAGCUAUGGUAGAUUUGAUAGAUACUGUUAAGAGGCAAAAAUCAAGAGAAAGACCAGUUUGUAAAUUGGAAGAUAAAAGGUACGAGCCAAAACAAGAGCCUCAUUGCUUUUCAAGAUUAUAUAUAUACCUUCGCAACCUUCCAUUUGAUAUCUCGAAGUCUGAGAUCUGUAAAUUCUUUGAGGGAUUUUUUGUAGCUGAUGAUUGGAUCUCCAUAAUUGUUGACAGUAAAGGUAUUGGACUAGGGGAAGCUUUGGUCAAGUUCAAGUAUGAGGAUGAUGCACUAAGGGCUGCGCGUUUGCAGGGCAAAAAAAUUGCUGGAAGAGAAGCUUUCCUAAAGCUUAUUACUUCAGAACAAGUACUUGACCUUGGUGUCGGUUGUGCACCUGAAAGAUCAAAAGGUCAAAAAGAUUAUUAUUUUGGUUGUGGUGGUAGUGAUGGUGAUCAUUCAUUGCCUUUUGAUGUCCAUGAAUUAGCUGAAUCUCCCUUUGAAAUUUAUGGUGGUUUGGGUUCAGGAACAUCCAUGCAAAGAUCAAGGUGUGGCCAAGAAGAAGGAUAUUAUAGAGAGUUUGAGACUGGAAACAGCAACUUUGGAGGCUCCACUGGAUGCCGGUAUGGAUCUGGAUUUGAUUCAGGGUACCAAGGUAAUAUGGGAAUGUCCAGUGGGAUAGCUGCUGUUAAGGCUUUCAACCUGCCUUUCAAAAUCUCAGUCAAUGAAAUUUUGGAUUUCUUCUAUGGUUAUCGUGUUAUUCCAGAUGCAGUCACUAUACGGUUCAAUGACAAUGGAUUGCCAGCAGGUGAUGCUGUAAUUGCAUUUGAAACUGUUGAUGAAGCAAUGGCUGCUGUUCAAGACCUGAAUGAGAAACCAAUUGGAAAAAGGAAAGUCAAACUGAGCAUGCUAUAAGUUCAGUGGAACAUGUGUUUGUUAUUAACAAAUGCAUUUUAGGUUGGGUGAACUGGAAGGCAAUUUCUAUAUGGCACUGAUUUUCCUAAACUGCAUAAAUAAUAGUGAGUUGUUGACAUUUGCAAAAUUUUAGGCAAAUGUGAUUCCUGUUGAGACUGUUUUUUAAAUUUUUGCCAGAAAAUUGUUGGGUUAACAAGUUCACUGCUUAUGGAAGUGUAUUGUGCUUUGUCUUGAGGAUUACCUGAUACGGUUUACAAGAUCAUUAUCCAAUCUCUUUGGUUGCCUAAAUAUACCCAUUUUAUUACAAAGGUAUACUAAUUAAAUCAAAACCUUGUCUGGAUCUAGAUGGCUUUGAGGAGUUAAACUUGCGGAUGUUUCAAAUCCUGAUGUAGUGUUUAUUUUUCCACUGGAAAGAGAAAACCUAGUGGAUUUGUUAAACUCCUGACAGGAUAUCCUGUAUACAUACAGUAUAAAUUUUUUUCCACACAGUUAUAAAUUGUUAUUCACCUACCCAAGUCUGUUCAAAGGAGAUGCAAAUCCUGAGGUAGUAGUAGUAUGUUGACCAAAUUUACUCUAAACUCGAUUAUGCCAACGCCCUGCAUGUCAGCCUUCCCAACUCUUCCCUCCAUAAGCUGAGAUCAUCCAGA